UUGUUUAACAAAACUUGUUUUUGGAUUUGUAGUUGUGUAAAUAUAAUUUGUAAUCAUGGAUUCGUCAGAAACAUUUUCUGGCGACUUAAAAACAAUACCAGAAGACUUGGAAAUAGAUAUAAGUGAAGUCGAAGAAUUGCGGGAAAUCGGACGAGGAACUUUUGGGGUGGUAUACAGAGGUGUUUGGCGAUCCAAAGUUGUGGCAGUUAAAAAAAUUAACACAUCAGCUGAACAAAAAACCUUCAUGAUUGAGAUAAGGCAACUGUCAAGAGUAUCACAUCCUAAUAUAGUAAAGCUGUAUGGAGCUUCCACAAAGAGAACAGUUUGUCUUCUCAUGGAAUUGGCUGAAGCUUCAUUAUAUGAUGUUCUACAUUGCCGCUCCAAGAUAUCUUAUACCUUCCAUCACGCUAUGAACUGGGCUCUGCAGUGUGCAAGAGGAGUAGCUUACCUACAUGGUAUGAAGCCUUGUGCCAUCAUUCACAGAGAUCUUAAGCCACCAAACCUCCUAUUAAUGAUGGAGGGUAGAGUUUUGAAAAUUUGUGAUUUUGGCACUGCAUGUGACAUGAGAACUCAAAUGACUAAUGGGCAAGGUAGUGCUGCAUGGAUGGCACCUGAAGUUUUUGAAGGCAACCACUACACUGAAAAAUGUGAUGUGUUUAGUUGGAGUAUCAUUUUAUGGGAGUUACUAGCCCGUCAAAAACCGUUUAGUCACAUAUUAGACUCGGCGUUUACCAUAAUGUGGGCCAUUCACACAGGCAAGCGUCCCCCUCUUAUAAAAGGCUGCCCCGUUCCGUUAGAGAACAUAAUGACCAGUUGUUGGAAUAAAGAUCCAAACAACAGACCAUCAAUGGAGCAAGUCGUCAAAGAAAUAUCGCAUUUGUUUCAAUUCUUCCCUGACGAAAUUCCACCCCUCGAAUACCCUAACCAAUCGGAUUUGAUCGAAGCUGGUGGAGCCAGCUUGGAAAGUUGUGGCAGUGACCCCAGUUUGAGCAACUCUUCUUGUUCCAGUGCAGUUUUGACAUCACUGCCUGUUCCUAGAACAAAGUACCACCAUUCACCCGCUCGUCCUGUCACUCCCGCCCAUCGAGAAGAAACAGACAGCUUACUGCCAGCUUUUAACCAACUGCUCAGCGAAAAGGAAAACAUGCUGCAGCCAGGUCGUUCGCUUGUCACGCCCAGUAGCCUCAAGCUGCUUUCACCUAGAAUAAUAGGAGGCACUAGCACUGUUAGCGAGCCACUGCACCUAAUCAUUGGCGGAGAAAGCGACGAGUCAGCCGAAGGCUAUGCCAUACCGCCAUUGGGCGAGGAUUUCUUACAGGGUGGUCUAGGAAGAAUGCAGUCACCUUAUCAGCCACAGAUGACUAAUACGGCCAACGAAAGUAUAGGGCAACUAGGGCCGUUGGAAACUCCCCGUCGACCUCAGCAAUUCGAUCAUCCGUUCAAGAGAAGAUCAGCGGAAUUUCCUCACGUUGACAUAUGCGUCCCUACGUCUCCAGUACCGUCGUUUCCAGUUCUUCAACCCUAUUCUUCCGGAUGGAGCGGAGCAGAAGCUAGAAGAGUAGAAGAAUCCGCAAAUGUGAGCGUCAUGGGCCACCGCAGAUCCUCUUCACACGGGAAUCCUUCCCAAUUAUGGACUGGUGUCACUCCACAGCAAUCGAUGCCUUGCAUUUCAAAUCUGCCUGGUCAACGUCAUAUUGGUGAAACGAAUCAUGUCAUUGGAGAGCAGCCCAUUGACGAAAUCUUUUUCCUGUUGCAUCCCUCGCUGAGGCCUAUCCCACCAUGCCCGACUAGUCAAGUAUCGAUGAGGGUCUACGAAGAACAUCGAAAGAUGGCAAAGGAAUAUUUGGAAGUGCAGAAAGAGCUGCAGUGGAUGACCAAAUAUUGCAACGAGCUGGUUGAACAUUUGGAAGAGACAAAGAAACAACAGACGGAGCAGCGGCGAACUAGUCAACAGCCGCUUGAACAGUCGGAAUUGCAGCGAUCGGUGGAAGAAUUUGUCCGGCUCGAAAGUGAAAAAAAGAGCCUCCUCGAAUUUCAACGAAAUCUUACAGAGCAGCUCAGCAAAGUUCAUCGAGAACAACUCCAAAUGCAGCAACAACAACAGCAGCAGCAACAACAACAGCGACAAGUUCCACAGCCUAAUGAUCAAUCAAGAUCGUCUCCUUUGCCUGACGAUGGUUGGGUCGUUCUUUCGCGUAUUUGAAAAAUGACGGUGCCGAGUUGGUUCUGAAAAAUUACUGUUAUUUUGUCUUUCACUGUUCUGAUAUAUUUAUCGUGUAAAACCGUUCCCCAUUUCAUCCAUACUUUAUUGUUAGAUGCUGUGUCAAGUUCUUUUCCCAAGUCACCCGGAAAUAUUCGACCGGGGGUUGAGAGGGUUUUCUGCGGAUGCCGCCAAAUUUUUCUUGUGGCCUUAUAGGUUUGGCUUGAGACCGGCCACACUUUGGCUAGAUUUAGCUUGCAGUUAAGGUGCUGUUUGUGUGAAGUGUGCGAUGGACGACAUAUAUCCGCAGCCUAUCGUCGCCCCAAGGCAAGGAUUACGAGAUCCCAAAUCUUCUUCUUCUUCAUUUCUUUUUUUCAGUUCCAGUUUUUAAAUAACCUCUUUUCAUUCGAAUAUUUCGCCCACGAGACUGUUGACUAUAAACAAAAUCCAUCCAUGAUAGGUGCCGUUCAGGACGAGACGAAGACGAAACAUAAAUAAACAUGUUUGUUUUUAUCUUUCGAAAAAACGAAUUCAAUGUCCAAAAGUUGUCAUGAAUGUCCGCUUGAAAUAGAAUGGAAUUCUUGGAUGCUUGAA